AUGGCCGAUAACCGCUGCAUCAUGCUGUCUUCCUUGUUAUCGAACAUGCUUGAGGGGCUAAACCAGGUGGAAAGGCGCGACUUCAAAAGUUUGAACUGGACUGUCCACAUGAGUUCGUUCUCGUAUUCCGAUGGUGGCGGCGUCCUUUCUUUGAGAAAUAUUGGGAUACUUGGCGGCACUCAGGAUUCGCGAAGGUCUGCUAAAGUUCACCGUGCUAAAGAUCUCAGCAUUCUGGAUGCUUUCGAUGCUGAGAUCGAUAGUAACGUGAAUUCAGUGUUCAAUGGCGUUCUUGAAGAGAUUACCAACUUCUUCUUAUCAAGUGCGACAUUGCGUGAAAAUAUAUUUGGUCUGAGGCGAGUGUCACGAAAGUUAAAAACAGCAGUGGUCCAAUGCAGUGCCGCGGAGGUGGGUCGUUUAGUACAUGGCGUACUAAGCGGUCUUGGUAGAGAAAUUGGUGAGCAUGUCGUAGUAAAAUCCGGACAAACAAAUAUCAAUGAUGUUAUCAGCAGAUUUGAGGACUGUGGGGGCAAAAAAAAACAGCUCCUGGUUAUCGAGCAAGGCGAGUCCUUCAGCUCGCAGUUUUUCAACGGGCUGUUUUCCUCCCUGGCUGAUCUUACUUGUGAGAUAAUCAUUCUGCUCUGUAUUUCUACGAAGCAGAUCAUGUUUACCUCUCGAGUAUCACGAAGAACUAUGUCUCUACUUUGCAUCCGGCGUUUCUUAUUUUGCCUUUCUCACGAAACGUUCAACAAGAUGUUGGCGGACAUACUUCUCAAUCCUUCCUACACAGACAUGAGGUUACAUCCACUGCUGCUUCGAUUUAUAAGGUCAUCGUUCUGCAGAGAUGACUUCUCCGUUUCUUCGAUCAAGACCUGCAUCAGAUUUGCACUUCUACAUCAUCUAUGGACGAAAUCAUCUUUUGAUUCAUCGGAAGACGAGUCUGAGGACUUCAUCAGCUCCACUGAUAAGUAUCUGGGAGUUCUCCGCUUUCUACACGAUAAUAUCCGUUUAAGGGAACAACGCAAAGAGUAUUUCUCUCAGCUAUUGAAGCUUCAUGAAGAUGUGCAAUUGAACGGCUUUGGUGCGGUUGCCAGCUUACCUAAUUACAGGGACUGGAUGCAAUCAAUAACAAGCAUGUGCGAUGAUGAGAUCAAGCAAAUGUUGAACUAUGAGGGAAUUUCAAGUUUGAAUCUCAAACUGCAAACGUGUAGCGAAGAUAGACUGGAGCGAAACGAAGUGGAGCUUGACAAAACCUCGAAAACCCUUAAUGAAAAAACUACCGUUUUGCAACUGAAGAACAAAAUGAAGGAAAUUAUUGCAGCAAGGCAACGCAAUCCGCAACUAAUCGCUCGUCAGAAACUGAUCGGUGACAUCGAGAAUAAUUUUCGUUCCAUUCUUCAACCGACCACUUCAUUCCCGCACGCUAGAAGUUUCUUAAUUGGCAAUGACACUGCUGAUUUCAUCUCUCCAGAUACAGUAUCAAAAGUUGAGAGCUCGUUGGCUGGCACUGCAGGAAAGAAUGCUUUGACUGUUGCUGUUCGCACUUUGACCUCACAAGGUCGAUGGAAAACCGUCUCACUUGCUGAAUGGGGCAAAUCAUUCGCCAGUGAAAUGAUGCAACAGGGUCUGGCAAAGGACAUCAGAAGUAUGGAUGCGACAUUUUUCGCUUGCGUUGGACAACUAGAAUACAUGGGCAUCAUUCGUGCAAGCAGCAGCGCUAAAUCUCCUUCUGUUGCCAUUGCUUAUCAUCUUUUAAAUAUGUCUGAUGAACAUGACGUAAUCCGCGGAGAUUCGUCAUCGAGCAUUUCCACUAGUGAAAGCUUCGAGAAAGUAGCUGUUCCGGGCGCUUCAGAAUCCAGUUCACGCGACAGCCCUGCCGUGAGUGGAAAUAAUAGUGACGCGGAACAUUCGGAGACUGCACCAUCUGUCACAGUUUCAGAGGGCGAGAAACGAGCAAACAACAAGUCGUGCGCAGUGGUGACUCCAAAACGCCAAAAGUCACACAAAAUGAUUGGGCUUGCAGACGGUACCCUGUACUACGUUUCAUUGAUAGCGAUUAUGUUUGCAGGCGGCGAUUCUUCAAUGGACGAUUUGAUACCGAAUUUGCGUGAUGAGCGUGUGCAGGGUGCCGUCAAAAGUCUUCUUGUGUACAGCCUCGUCAUUCUUCUCGUUCCGCUUGGAUCAAUGUUCAUCUUGAAGCAAUACUUCUUUGAAGAUCUUCCCGUCUGUCUUGGUUUCGCCUUACCUCUUGAGUUAGAUAAUUUGUACCGUCUUCGAAGUAUAUUUCUUCCGCUAGGAAAAAUAGGAGGGAAACCUUCGUGGUUAAAUCCUAAAUUUCUCCCAACAUCGGCUGAACUACAGUGCUCUAUAUGUCAAAAGCCAAUGUGCUUUCUUAUCCAAGUCUAUGCCACUUCUGAAAACGACCCGCCUCACUCUUUUCACCGCACUUUGUUCAUAUUCAUUUGUCGCAAUCCACAUUGCUCUAAGCCUAAUAAUGCAUCCAACAUUGCCGUAUUUCGAUGCUGCUUGCCCAGACGCAAUCCAUACUAUUCGUAUGAUGGACCUAUGGAUCCUGAUCUAGAUGGUGAUGUCCCUGAUCCUCGAUUACCAGAAGAUGCUCCACAGCUGUGUGAGAUAUGCGGUUGCUAUGCUUCGAAAAAAUGUGGGAAAUGUGGAGAAUCUUGGUACUGCUGUCGAGAUCAUCAAGCUCUUGAUUGGAUCUCGCGUCACAAACAAAGCUGUGGAGUUGCUGCUGAAGCGACCACGUCGUUGACGAAUCCUUUAAACAAAUUCGUAUUCAAAGAGUAUGGGAUUGAAAUGGAUCAGGAAUAUGUUCCCGCAACAUUACUCGAAAGCUUGAAUGAAGCUAGCGAUGACGACGACGACGAUGACGAUUCUACUGCAGAGGAUGAGUCUGAAGAGAUCAAAAAGAAACGAAUGGCGGAAUUUGAGAAUUUCAUGGCCAAAAACAAGCUGCAAAAUGAUCAGUUCAAAUCAGAUGAAUUGGAGGCAGCUGUUUGUGAGCAACAAAACGACUCUAGUUUUGAGAGGUUCAAUCGUCUUCUAAGUUUGGAAUCCGAGCAAAUUUUGCGAUAUCAGCGUUCAGGUACUCCGCUUUUGGCAACUGAUAGAGCUCCAGCUCCACAAGGAAUACCACCAUGCGAAAGGUGUGGAGCGCCGCGAACGUUUGAGCUGCAACUUAUGCCUCAUCUUCUCUCGCUCAUCGAAGUCGAUCAAAUUGGGCAAUCAAUCGACUGGGCAUCUGUGUACGUAUACACAUGUUCGAAUUCAUGCGAAAUCACAAACGGUGGAUAUGCGAAGGAAUACGUUUUCAAGCAAGACUUUGUUUAAAUGGCAUGGAAGCAUUGUUAUACAGUUUAGCCAUGUUGAGCAGAAAUUUCUUUCACUGUGUAUUUCUUGCGGCUGUUAUUUUACGUUGAAGACGGUACUUGUUAUUGGUUGAUUGUUAGUAGUUUUUAUACCUAUAUAUCCCUU